ACGGCUAAUUUGGCAUUUCUUCUCAGAUAUUUAGGAGUAUUUAUUUAUAGCACUCAGACAAGAAUCUAUGAUCAGCCGCAAAAAAUGGUUUCAGAACCAAAUCCAGGAAAAAAAAAACCGCGGAAAUCCUGGUAGCACACAGCAAUAAAAGUGUCAAAGGUAAUAAUCAAUCUGACUCCGUUCUACUUUCACAAUCUGAUUCGAUUGAGACGCUGUAGAUUUUAUCAGAAGAAAGGAAAAUUUGAAGGAGAAUGAUGAAUUCGUUGUUGAGCGCCAAGGCAUGCGUGGGUGUGCGGUCACCGAUUAUAGCGAACUCCGAGGAAAGGAGUACGAGGAAGAUGAUACAAAACGUGAAUUGUAGGAACAGUAGGAAUUGGAGGAAUGUGGCUGUGUCGUGCGGUUCGGAGAAGAACGGUAACGAUGGAAUUGACGCGAGUGAAGGGUUGAAUUCGGGGUCGUUUUUGUCCCCGAGUCACAAUUACGCGAUCUUGAAGCACCGGAUGGAGAUAGCGGCAAAGUCCGAGUAUUAUGAAGAGGCUGCAAGGCUUCGUGACUCGCUCAAAUGCUUCGAGGACGACGUUCCUGUUCUUCGUCUGCGGAGGCUGUUGAAAGAAGCUGUUGCUGAUGAGAGAUUUCAGGAUGCAGCUAUAUAUCGUGAUCAGCUCAAAGAAAUUGCUCCACAUUCUCUCUUAAAAUGUUCAAGUGAUUCUACAACCUUGGGAAUUCGGGUACAAGUUAAGAGUGUAUAUUUAGAGGGCAGAAGUCAACCAACAGAAGAGGUAUAUUUCUUUGAAUAUAAAAUAAGAAUUACCAAUAACACAAACCGCCCUGUUCAACUUCUGAGAAGGCAUUGGAUUAUAACUGAUGCUAAUGGAAAAACUGAAAAUUUCUGGGGAAUUGGGGUUGGUGGUGAACAGCCAGCUAUAUUUCCUAGAACUAGUUUUGAAUUCUCUUCUACAUGCCCUUUAAACGCACAAAAUGGUAGAAUGGAGGGUGACUUUGAGCUGAUACAUGUUGAUCGAGUAGGUCCAAGAGCAUUUAACGUGGCUGUUGCCCCAUUUUCUCUCUCUCUACUUGGAGAUGAUGAUGAGGAUGGUGAAACUAUCUGAGUUUUGUUGUAGAGCUCUCGUGGGAAAAGGAAGAGGAAGAGGCAAUGGUAGUAUCAUACAGAAAGGGAAAAGGCAACGACAAUGCCAGUAGAAAAUGAAGAGGCCGUGACAGUGUAAAAAAAAAAGAAGAGUCAGCGAGCACAUGAGAGAAGACAACCCUAGUUUUAUCUCUUUUUCCUUUCUUAUUUUCUCUAGAUCUAAUAUUUAUGAGCAUAUAUAUAUAUAUAUAUAUAUAUAUA